CUCUUCGAAUGGGGAAGAGUGAAGCAAAUCUGCAGGAGCAGCAGCAGCAGCAGCAACGGCAGCGGCAGACUCAGGAGGCUCAGAAUUCUUCGGGACUCAUCUGUCCGCGGUGUUCGGUGGUAUUCAGGAAAAUCGGCAAAGAGCUGAGCUUCCGAUGCGUCGCCGUUUUGAUCCUCAGCUUCUCAAUUUUACUCUCUGGGAUCUUCUGGAUCCCACAUUACUAUGCAAAUAACUCCCAGUUUGAUGCCAAAGAGGAAAUUAAGCUCAGUGCCACAGUUCAGGCAUACUUCAGACUGGAAAGGCCAGUUACGGACCUUGUUCCACAUGUCCGAAGAUUAGAAUAUGAUAUCAACGGAGAAAUAGGUGUCCCAGGCACAAAGGUGGCUAUCUUGUCCAUGCACCAAUUUGAUGCAUCUGAUCUGACAGAUGUAGUGUUCGGUGCUCUUUCUGAUCCAAUAAAUGUUCCUAUAGAUCCAGUGUACUUAAGUGUGCUGAGGUCAUCUUUAGUUGAACUAUUCCUUAAGCAAUCCAAUCUUACAUUGACAGCAUCAAUUUUUGGGCAGCCAUCUAUGUUUGAGAUUCUCAAAUAUCCCGGGGGAAUUACUGUGAUUCCUGUGCAAUCAGCUUCAAUCUGGCAGAAACCCCAGAUUUUAUUUAAUUUUACUCUCAAUAAUUCUAUAUCGGACAUAGUGGAAAAUUUUGUUGAGUUAAAUGAGCAGUUGAAGUUUGGAUUGCAUCUGAGGCCUUCUGAGGAUGUAUUUUUGCGAAUUAUAAACGGAAUAGGUUCAACUAAAGCGCCCCCAGUUGUGGUUCAGGCAUCUCUCGUGUCUGAUGUAGGGGUCAUUUUGCCACAGAGAUUGAAGCAGUUGGUUCAAACAAUCAAAGGUUCCCCUGCAAAAAAUCUGGGUCUUAAUAACACAGUCUUUGGUAAAGUUAAAAGUAUCAGUUUAUCUUCUUAUCCAAAGGGUGCACCCGUUGCAACCUCUCCAACUCCUUCACCAGCUCCAUCUCCAGAGCCUACUCCUUCACCGGCUCCAUCUCCAGAGCCUACUUCUUCACCAGCUCCAUCUCCAGAGUCAUCAAUUUCUCCAUAUCCUGCUUCACCGGUUCACUCUCCAGAACCGUCACCUCACGGUCAUUAUCUUCCACCUGCACUGUCACCUGACAUUCAUCAUCUCCCACCAGCGCCCUUACCAGACAUUCAUCUUCUCCCCCCGGCACCCUCCCCUGACAUUCAUCACCUCCCCUUUGCACCCUCACCUGGCAUUCAUCUUCUCGCCCCUGCACCCUCACCUGAGAUUCAUCAUCUCCCACCAGCACCAUCCAAGGUACCUGCACAUCCACCUCCAUGUCCAUAUCACGGUUCUAGAAUUCCUCCAAUCUCCUCACCAACUUCUCGUUCUAACCCCAUUGCUCCUCCAACCUAUGCUACUAAUGGUUCCCCUUAUUCGCCUUCUCUGAGUCCCUCAUCUCAAUUGUCCCCACAUGUGCCACCUGCACCUAUAACGUUCUAUGCUUCCAGUCCCGGAAACAAGGGAAGUCCACAAGACUCAAUAUCUCCAUCACCUUCCUCAACUUCAUCAGCAGGAGCUUUCUACAAGGAGAUCUGGUUGUUGGAAUUUUCAGGACUCCUCAUCUUUCAUCUGUUCUGUUGGUUCGGUUGAUUAAGGUCGUCUUAAAUAUCUGUAGUUGCGGAAAUUGUCGGAGAUCCAAAAACAUGGAAGCUUCGACCGAGGUAUCGAUAAAAUGUCGAUAUCGACAAAAGUUUGAAGAAAAAAAAAAUAAUGAUGUAAAUUAGAAGAUAAAUAUGGAAAUUUUGAAUGUAGGUGCAUAGUAGUUAAGUUUGUAUGAUUUGGACUAAAUCCAGUCCAAGCUAACGAACAUUGUCUCUCAUAAAUUGUUUAAUAUUUAAUGCAAUUCAAUUGUAUAUA